AUGGUUGGUAGAACAACGUGUGACGAUCGCCCGUUAUGUCGUAUGUAUUGUCUCUUUGGAUAUCGUCUCGAUGCUCAAGGAUGUGCAACAUGCAAAUGUAAAUCAAGUCCAUGUGAAGAUGGGGCACCAUUCCUCAAAGAUUAUAGUUGUCAAUUUGAUUCUUGUCCGGAAACAUAUUAUUGUAAAGUUGCAUCAUCGAAUGCUUAUGCUGUUUGUUGUCCAGUCACAGCAAAAAUCAAUUCAAGAAGAAUGCACAGUCACAAGCUUCAAUACCAUUUAUCAGUAUAUAAAAAAAGUGUUGCGUAA